CUUAUAGAUUCUUUUCUGACAAAAUCCAACCAAUUUCCAGAUGGAACUUUUCUGCUACAAACUCAUUUUCUAUGUGUUCUUCUGGACGUUUUUGUAUCCCCUACAUCAUUUGAAUUGGUCGUUAUGAUGUUUGCCUCGGAUAAAUUAAAAUGAUAAAGAUGAAGACUAGUGGGAUUUUCAGGAGAGGAAAAGUUCUAUAUAUAGGACCAUUAUUCCCAACCUCUGGAGUAUCCCAAUAGUUCUAAAAACCAAAAGCCGAUUGCAGCCAUGAAGAUUCCAUCAAGUUCACACGUCCAUAUGCUGCCAUACCUCGUUAUGUUGUUGCUUCUCCCCUUGCUUUCCUUCUCAGCCGACCCCGAUCCAUUACAGGAUUUCUGUGUGGCGGAUCAAAGUGCCAGCUCUAUAUCAGUUAAUGGCUUCCCUUGCAAACCAGCCUCAAAUGUAACUUCAGAUGAUUUCUUCUUUGAUGGUUUGACCAAAGUGGGUGACACAUCAAACAUCUUUGGCUCAAACGUUACUGGAGGUAAUGUCCUUACUUUUCCUGCACUCAACACGCUUGGGAUUUCAAUGAACAGAGUGGACUUUGCUCCGGGAGGACUUAAUCCACCCCAUACUCAUCCUCGUGCAACUGAGAGCGGCGUGGUCAUCGAAGGGCAGGUACUUGUGGGGUUUGUGACAACUGGGAAUGUAUAUCACUAUAAAGUCUUGACUGCUGGGCAAAUGUUUGUCAUUCCUAGAGGACUUGCACACUUCCAAAAGAAUGUUGGGGUAGGGAAGGCCUUUAUCAUCACGGCUUUCAACAGUCAGUUACCAGGGGCUGUGGUCCUUCCCUUUACUCUCUUUGGUUCAACACCCUCGAUUCCAGAUGAUGUCCUAACUAGGGCCUUCCAAGUAGAAGAACAGGUUGUCGAAUCUAUUAAGUCGAAGUUCAGUUCUUGAACUAAGACCUUCCACUCCAGAUAAUCUCCCCUUUAUCUGAAAAUUGCGUUGUAGUAAUGCUUUUGAUUCAUUGUGUUGAUUUGAAGUUCAGUUCUUGUAAUGCUUUGUGUUGUUAUUCAGGUUGUUGUUUAUCUUUAUAGUCAUGGUUGCUUAUGAUUAAAUAAGGAAAUAAAGGCUUUACAGCA